AUGGACAACAUUGAGCGACUUUAUAAAUGCUACGAGAUAUUGUCCGAGGCGGGCGAUAAGAUUUCAGAGCACGUGGAUGAGUAUAAGGAAAUACUGAAAGCUGUUAAAGGCUCGUCAAAGGAGAAGCGUUUGGCGUCGCAAUUUAUUGGCAACUUUUUCAAGCAUUUCCCCGACCUGGCCGAAACAGCAAUCGAUGCACAGUUCGAUCUUUGCGAAGAUGAUGACAACCAGAUUCGCCGACAGGCCAUUAAAGAUUUGCCCAAAUUAUGUCAGGGCAAUCCGGAGGCGACUACACGAGUGGGCGACACACUCGCCCAGCUGCUGAUACUGGACGAUGCCACAGAGCUGCAGCAAGUGAACAAUUCACUGCUUAGCAUUAUCAAAAUGGACACAAAGAGCGCUGUAGCUGGUAUUUUCCAACAAAUCACCACGGGCGAUGAGCCCACAAGAGAGCGCUGCUUCAAGUUUAUUUCAACCAAGCUGUUGACUAUGGGUCCCACUGUAAUAACCAAGGAAAUUGAAGAAUACAUCGUCGACGAGAUCAAGAAGGCCCUGCAGGAUGUCACAGCCGAUGAAUUUCAUUUGUGCAUGACCAUUUUGGGUGCCACAAAACUGGGCAACACCAUUACCGGACACGCAGAGCUGGUCAAGCUGGCCACGGAGCAGGCGGAGCUCAAUAACACUGAUACAGACAUCAUUGCUGUAGACGAUGAGGUUGUGGAACGUUUCGUUCAAUGUGCCACUGCGGCUGCACCAUACUUUUCGAAAACCAUCAAAUCGACAGCAUUCGUUGCUCAUGUUUGCGACAAGCUGUUGCCUAUUCCGACAUGGAACAUGAUUGCCACCGCAGUGUCACAAGAUCAAAUCCAAUUAAGAUUGCUUAAAGUAUUUGCCGAGAUGAUAGCCAACACGGAUAAGCUGGAGAAUGCUAACGAACGCAUCAAUAAUGUCUAUAAUGUAUUACUGGAGUACAUGCCAUUGCCCAAGCUAAGCGAGGUGGAUCUGGUAGAUGUGCCACCAUCGUUUGAAUUUUCGCAUGCUGAGUGCCUGCUCUAUGCACUGCACACACUGGGCAAGAAGCAUCCAACUAAUUUAAGUUUUGUAGAAGACGCUGAGAAACUGAAAGACUUUCGUGCUAGAUUGCAAUAUCUAGCCAGGGGAACACAGGGGUAUAUUAAAAAACUGGAGGAGGCUUUAAAGGGUAAAUCAGCUGAGGAGCUGAAGUCGGAGGAGAAUCAACUGAAGCAAACGGCGCUGAAAACAACGUCAAAUAUCAAUGUAUUGAUACGCGAUUUGUUCCAUUCACCGCCCAUAUUCAAGCAUGAUAUUGUAUUAUCCUGGAUUGUGCCAAAAGCUAACAAGCUGGGCAAACGACAUGCACCCAUCACAUUUGGGGAGAAGGCUGAAACCAACGGCAAGGAGAAAGACCAGGACGUAGAAAAGAAGUCGCGACCAUCCAACGAUCAGAAAUUCUAUUCGCCACCAUCUGGCAAAUACUCGCACAAAGUUAAUCCAAACUACGGCAACAAUAACCGCGGCAGGCAGCGUGGAGGAGGUGGAGGUGGCUACAGGAAUCGACGCUACAACAAAUAUUGAAGCACCAGCACUCUGCAAUUUUCUGCAUGGAUUGUCUUUCCUAGUCCUUAAACUAAAAUCAAUUACCAGAGAUUAGAAUAUCCCAAAACUUCGUCCACAAUAAAACUACUUCAAAAGUCCUGGCACCAGGCCAGGUUCUACUACCACAACAAAACAAAAGCAAACGAAUCGACUUCUCUUGGCGGCGGCUGGUAAGUAAUGUAAAUUUUCCAAUUAACUUUCUCCCUUUGGUUUGUUACAGAAAUGCACAAUUUUUCCUGGAGUGUAAAGGGCAAGCAACACUUUUAACAAAACUCUCACACUCUGCUCUCAUUGCUUUUAUUGUUUUGUAAAAGAUGAUUGCGUGAAAUCUUUAAACACCGCCACGUCUCACGUUCUACGUUCACUCUUAUCAUCAUUAUCCUUACUCGUGGGUGCGUUGGCAUUGUUUCAAUUUAUAUCACGCUCCAAAAACUCGAUUUUGUCUAAUAUAAGAUUUAUUAAUAGAGCCAGCCAAACGAAUUCUUGCAAAAUCAAACUAUAAAAUGAAUUACAAAUUAUCCACA